CCCGAGGGAUGAAGUUGAAGAAAAGCACAAGAGCUCUUCCUACCAUCGACACAGCUACCACCUGCUGCAGCACGACAGCCAGGAUGCUAGUGCAGAACAAAGGGAUGUGAACCAGUCACCAAGAUCAUCUAACAACCAGGUGACCCCAGAGUUCCAGGAUGAGCUGAUGUGCAUAUUGAGGAGCCAGCAGCGAGAACUCUCCGAGCUGCGGCAGAACCAGAUGGAGCUGCUGCAGAGACUCACGGAUCACCUCGACGCCAUCCAGAGCUCCCUGAUGGGCCACGUGGAGAGAGUGAUUGACUCCCAGCAGGAGCAGGAGCAGAGGAGACUGGACCGCGCGCUGACGGAAGGACAGCAGCGCAACGGGCAGCUCCAGGAGCACCUGUCUCAGCAGCUCUCUCAGUCCCUUUCCACUGCUGUGUGUAGCCGCCUGGAGAGGACUAUCCGUGAGGAGAUGAAGAAGACCGUGCCCCAGUGCAUUUCCAAGAGUGUGGACCCUGUUGCUGGCCAGCUGAGUAACACUAUUGCUGCCAAGCUUGCUGCUGUGGAGGGGACACUGAAAGAGAGUAUCACCAAGCUAGUGAAGUCAAAGAACCUUACAGACACCAUCGUGAGGGCAACAGCUGAUACCCUGCAGGGGCCCAUCCAGGCAGCUUACAGGGAAGCGUUUCAGAGCGUUGUGUUGCCAGCCUUCGAGAAGAGCUGCCAGUCCAUGUUCCAGCAGAUCAACGACACCUUCAAGCAGGGCACUCAGGAAUAUGUCCAGCAGCUGGAGACUCACUUGAAGAACAAGAAGGUACGAGAACAGGAGGUGCGGGACCCGCUGCUGAGUCAGCUUCGACAGCUGAUCAGCACCUUCCAGAGCAGCACCGAGCAGCUGGCGGCCACCGUGGCGGCCAGCGUCCACACUGAGGUGCAGCACCAGCUCCACAUCCUCGUGGGCAACAUGCAGGAGACUAUUUUGGCCCAGGUGCAGAGAGUCAUUAAAGGAGAAGUGAGCCUGGCUAUGAAGGAGCAGCAAGCAGCCGUCACCUCCAGCAUCGUCCAGGCCAUGCGCUCGGCAGCCGGGACUCCCAUCCCCUCUGCUCACUUGGAUUUCCAGUCUCAGCAAACUCACAUCCUCCAGAUGCUCCAGCAGGGACACCUCAACCAAGCUUUCCAGCAGGCUCUGACAGCUGCUGAUCUCAACUUGGUCCUGUACGUGUGUGAGACCGUGGACACUCAGCAGGUGUUUGGCCAGCACCCAUGCCCACUGUCCCAGCCUGUGCUGCUCUCUCUCAUCCAGCAGCUCUCCUCUGACCUGGGCACUCGCACGGAGCUGAAGCUGAACUACUUGGAGGAAGCGGUAAUGCACCUGGACCACAGUGACCCCAUCACCCGGGACCACAUGGGGUCAGUCAUGAACCAGGUGCGGCAGAAGCUCUUUCAGUUCCUGCAGGUGGAGCCCCAUAACACGCUGAGCAAGUCUGCCCGUCGCCUCAUGAUCAUGCUCCAGGGCCUGGUCACCCCCGUCAUGACCUAGGAAGACCUGGCUACCUUCUGGGUGGCUCCACAGAAGCCCACCCAGCAGAUCCAGUAGUUACUAACCAUGUAUGGCUUGUGUUAAGAGCUCUUGCCAGGAAAUCUA